AUGACAACAACUACACCAACAACAUCAUUUAUAACAGAUUUUCUUACAUGGAGAAAAACACAAAUAAAAACGAGCUAUGAAAGUUCAUCCAAGGUUGAUGUCACAACUCUUACCGCUGAAAAGUUCAUGGCAAUCGCAACAACCAAAGAUGUAACUGACUCAACAACAAACACCACCUCCAAACAGGAUAUGAUUAAAACAGAGUCUGAUUCAUAUUUGAUGAAUAUUAUAUUGUACCAUCUCGAUGAAAAAGGUUUGAAGGCUUUGGAUACCACAAAACCAAAACUCGCAGACGAUGUACUAGCUACUUUCAGUGACACCGGAUACACAACCAAACUCACCAAGUAUGCAAAGCUGUGGUUGUUGUCAUCGAUCUUUGAGCAGAACGUAAAUUCAAAGUCGCCUAGCAGAGUCAAGGGUGAUGUAGUGGAGAAGGAGUUCAAGGAGAUUCAAAGUGACCGUUUCGUUACCAAUGUUAUUAUGAGACUUACAUUCCUCGCCACCGCCAAGAAAUGUGUCGAUUUCCUUCCAUACAUGUACAACUCUGAUACUAUGAUUGCCAAAGUCCAAGCCUAUCUAUUGGAGGAUACCUACAAAACUAAAUGGGUUGACGAUGCAUUCGCUGCUUGUAAAGAUAAGAUGCUAGAUAAGGAUUUCAACGAUACCGAGAGAUUCACCUCACUCAAGUCCCGACUAGAUAUAUUGGAUCCAUCAUUCAAUCUAUCCUCCAAUGUUAUCAAUCAAUACUACUGUGAGCUCUAUGCACGUCUCGGAGCAGGUAGCAUUAAAAAGACACCACAGACACACAAACUUUUCAAAAAGGUUACUCUAGACUCCAUUCAAAAGGUCUUGACCAACACCGACCACGAGUGGUAUACCAUUUUGGCUAAAGCCAAGGAUAUGUUCAAAGGAAAUGUAGCAUCGCUGGCCAAUCAAAUUUCACGUGCAUACCUGCUCAUUAAUGCCGAGACAGCUCUUUGGAGAGAAAAAGGUGUCAAAAGUGACCACGUUUUUACAUAUGACAGUGCCAGAUUUAUGUUUGCAAUGGAAAAGAAAAGGAAAAGUAAUAAUGAUCCAAUUCAAGGACUGGGCGACCUAUGGAAAGACAAAACUCUUCAUCGAGCAGUUGCUGGUAUUUUCAUUCUCUGCAAUGCUGCAAUACUCUUUGCCAGUUUCAAGAGUUACGACAAGAUGAACACUCUCGACAAGAUCUUGGCUUGGGUCAACUUAGCAGUGUCCGGUGUCGAUAUCUUUACCUCGAUUAUUACAGCCAUCAAUUCAGAGAAGAGCGCUUACACUUGGGUUGCCAAUAAAAUCGCCGAUCUAAUGAAGUCUAGUUACCCACCAAUCAGACCAUGUAGUGCAGCUAAAAAUGUAUCGAAAUACGCCAAGUAUCUCAAACCCACCUAUGUUUUAAAGUAUAUUAAUGCUGCCUUGGUUUUGGUCAGUAUGGCAUUCACCGUAUACGAUAUAGUGACAUCCAUCCAGAAUCAAGACUGGGGAAUGUUGGCACUCUCAAUCAUCGAAUUCACUCUGGAGUUCAGUAUGCUGGUGAUCACCUUUAUGGCAGCAACCUCGUGGUCAGGACCUGUGUCACUGAUGCUUACAGCCGCUCUUAUUGUCGUUGGUUUGGUUAAAAUCUUCUGGGAUGUAAUCAAGCAAUCAUUCACCGAUGUCAUUAAAUUCUUUGACAAAUUAUUCAAUGGUGAUCCAUCCGACAAUUUUGUCAAGUCGACAGAAGCAUCUUACCAACUCACCGACACCGAAUAUGCCCUCGCUUUGCUUACCGAUAUUGGAACAAAAUACUGGAGAUUAUUUUUGGUUAACCAAAAAGUGCCAGAUUUAGAUCUCAAAACAUCAUUUUUUGCAAUCUCCUCAAUUAAUUAA